AUUACUGCCCUCUUCCGGUUCCAGUCGUGUUCUAUGUUGUCCCGGCUACUAAACUUCCCCCAACAGCCCCGUUACUCGCAAGAAGCUUUUAGAAACCUCUGGACCCAACAUUACAUUAUGUCAUUUCCCUAACUGAUCUGGGAGCGUGCAUCCCUGAAUGCUGCACGUGUGACAUCCAGCAGAUACAAUGUCCCGGUACUUUCGGUUCAACUCGUUAACAGACUCGCUCGGUUCGGUGAAGUUGAGUCCAGACGCGUCCGAAGCUCCUGAAGCUCCCGAAAGUCCGCAACAUGUAACGUGAAGGCUUUCUGUGGCUGCCAACUAUGAAUAUGACGAAUCGCCAGGUUUUAUAUCGUGUUUGUGUUUGGGUUUGGGCGGAACCACAGGAACUAAACUGAUCCCAGACCAGCUAAGCUAACUCGGUUAGCUUUACCCGGGAUACUUGAAUUUUCAGUUUUGAACGACAGUCAGUGGGGGACGGGAUAUCCAUUAAAAAGGAGAUAUUUCAGAGUAAACAUUCAGCAUGGAGUCCAGCGGCUUGGUCGGUGACUGUCUGUCUCCUGAGUCGACGGUGACCUCCCUGCUGUCCAGCUCAGGUCACCUGAGGAGCAGCCUGCUGGCUCCUGAACACAACACCACCUUCAGAUACAGAGACAAGAACUAUGACUCAGCUUCGGCGGCGUUGGACGCCUACAUCACAGACUUUGAGAGGAAUCGGCAGGACAGUGUGUUGUUGACUGGAAGGCUGGUUCUACCUCACAGUCCUCCCUGCACACCGAGCAGACCCAGAGUGAGCACGCUCAGAAACAAAGAUGUUCUCAGGGAGCGUUUGACCGACAGGGAGCUGGACUUCCUGAACCUCCCCGUCAGCUCUCUCCAUCACCGUGGCAACCGAGAUAGACUCUCCAUGACAACAGACGAGCUGCUGUACAUCCCUAACGACGGCUCGAUGCCUGUCACUCACACCUCCGCCUUUAUCCAAGGUCUCCUGUCCAAGUCCGGAUCCUCAGAGCCGUGCUUCUCCUCCUCCAGACCAACACACAGAACCUGGGACAGACUCGGCAGCAGCCAUGGCACCACCCAGCUGAACCACCACCCCCACCACCUUCAUCCAACCAGGAUGCCGAGGAGUUCCAGGUGCAGAGAAAGACCAGGGGCGGCCAUGUUGAAUCCACAUGUUGACGUCUCCUCAGUCAGCUGCCAUAGGCAGUCUGCACACAGAGCAGUGAGGUCAGAGUGGGCGGAGCCGUCUUCAUUCCUCCACCUCCCUCACUGGUUCACCAGUAACAAGCCUGACAUGGACUGUUCUGGGAUCACCAGCGUGCCGGACCUAAAGUACCCAGCCUGGAUCCAACGCUGUGAUCUUAGCGAGACGCCAACGCCCACAGAGUCAGAGCUGUGGGAUGACCUCGGUGUUCUUCCGCCUGCAGCUUCCAGAGGCGGAGCUCCGUCGUGGGUAGCAGAGCUGGAGGAUGGUGAUCCCGAUCGGACACCGUCACAGGCUGACAGUCAGCAGACUCUCAGAGAUCUCAGGCUUCAGUUUGCUGAACAGAUUUCUCUACUCGCUGCAGAGAGACACAGCUCUGACGUCAUGGAAACUCUGUUCAGGGACAACAGGCUUGAGUCUCUGAUCCAGAAGGCCGAUCAGGUGUUGAACAGUCUGUCUCACAGUUCUGGAGAAGCAGACGGUCCUGCAGAUCCAGUCAGUCCUACUGAUUGUGUCGAAGAAGCUGUCAGUCCUGUGAACACUGAGGAGCUGCUGCUCUGUUCUCCCUCACACCGUUGUCCCUUCGCUUGGGACUCAGCGGCAGCAUCAGGGAGCAUCACAGAGGCUCUGACCCACAGAGGAGCUCAGACUCGGGACUCCGGUCUCCACGGAAACAGCAAAUUUAGGCAGCCCGGUCCAGUGGAGGCUCUGAAGCAGAUGCUGUUCAGGCUGCAGGCGGUGGAGGCGGAGCUUCAGCGACAACAACAGGCACCGGUAGCUUCAACACUCACUGAUGGGCUGCAGACGGAGGAGGCUCCAGUGAAGCAGAGGCCUGAAGGUGAAGCGGAGCUGGAGAGUUUUUCUGGUGGGCCGUCACUACAGAGAGCUAUGCAUCACCUGAGCCGUCUGAAGGAGCUGGUGGAAGUACCCAGAGAGAAACACACGGAGGAAGAGGAGGGGAAGGACGAAGACGAGGGACACUACUCCUCUUCUUCUGCUGACGGACUCAUAUGCACUCAGCAGAAACCCUCCUGAAGCUAACAGCCUGUUCACCAGAACAAGGGACUUCCUGUCAGUGUCUCUGUCCGUCGCUGCUCUCACUUCUCGUUACUGUGUCCUCUCCUCUUGUUACUGUGUCCUGUCCUCUUGUUACUGUGUCCUGUCCUCUUGUUACUGUGUCCUGUCCUCUUGUUACUGUGUCCUCUCCUCUUGUUACUGUGUCCUGUCCUCUUGUUACUGUGUCCUGUCCUCUUGUUACUGUGUCCUGUCCUCUUGUUACUGUGUCCUGUCCUCUUGUUACUGUGUCCUGUCCUCUUGUUACUGUGUCCUGUCCUCUUGUUACUGUGUCCUCUCCUCUUGUUACUGUGUCAUGCCAACAGAUGAUUCUGGAUGAAGUCUGCUCCAGAUAUGUAUUUUAAAGGAAAAUGUGCAAUAUAUUUGGACACUAACACAGUGCAGAGACCAAAUCAGACUUUGGGAAAUCCAUGAAAUGUGCGUGGAAGUUAGUAUUGAAGUGUUACAUUAAAGGAGCAGUCUGACCUUUUUGGAAAUCCUCUUGUUAGACAUGGGAUGGUUUAAAUAGCUAAGUUGCUAACAUCUAUUAACAAAAAAAGAUUCAACAUGGAAAUCGAGUAAUGACGUGUUAUUUGUUCACUCUUUAUGGAUCUAGGACCCAGCUUCCAGACUCUAUGCUAGUGAUUCCUCUGUGUUCAGUACAGAGAUUCGACCUGGACACAGAGGGGAAGCUAUUACUGGAGGUUUUUAUCUUAAUCUUGACUAGGCUGCUCUCCAAAUUUUGGAUGGGAAUGAAGCUCUGCAGUGUCUCAGCAAUGUUAAGGAGAGUCACAUCUCGAUCAGAUAGAGAAAAUGACGUGACACAAAAUAUCUACAUCUUUCUACACACUGCAUUCAUCUGUUGAAAAACUAAGAGUGUCAACUUGAUAUGUGAAUGUGCCAAUCUGAAUGGGGGAUAUAAUGUUUAGUUGUCCGUUUCUGCACUGACAAUGUCAUUUUAAUGAUAAAUAUUUCUAUUCAUAGCCAGGCUAACUGCUAGACUCUGGAGAAAACAUUGUCACAAUGCUGGCUAGAAGCAAACAUAUGUUAGCAUGCUGUCAACCAAACAUGCAAAAUAGUAAAUUCAGCUAACUUCCUAAACAUCAGCAUGAUAAAAUACUAAUGUUAACGUGUAAAGUGUAACUGUAGCCAUAUUAACAUGCUAACAUUAGCAUUUUUAACAUUGUAAAGCUAAAUGUUACAUGUUAAUGUUAGCAUGUUGCCAUGCUAAGAGCUAAAUGUUACAAGCUUAACAUCAGCAUGUUAACUACUAAGGUACACAUAAGUUACCACAAUAGAAAGCUCUGAUGUAAUGAGCAGGCUUAGUUAAAUGGAAUAAAACACAUUUUUAUUCAUAUUUGAUAAGUGCUGCCUAGUUUAAACAAAAUUCACAAGCAGUGAUUUUAUAUAAAAAAAAUAGCUGUUUUAUACCUUUUUAUUGUAUUUGCACAAAGUUAGCAAGUGCAGCUUUAGUCCAGUUGUAACCUGAUGAAUGUUGAACCAGGUGAGACAUUGAAGAGCUGAGUCAGAGAUGUCCUUAAUGUCCACUGUAUGAUACAAAUCAUGCUGCGUUCACAUUGUGUGGGAGUAACCAUUUUCUCAUUUUAAAAGCUGUCCUUCUCAAUUAUAAUUACGUGUGGCAAAAAAAAAAAAAUCUGAAAGCUUAGAUAUGUCCAAUUUGGAGCUUAAUACAGAAAUCGUUAUUGUAAACAUUGGAAUCUUUCCCAUCUCUACCAUCCAUCCCAUACGAUGUGAACACAACAUUAAAACUUGAUUUUGGGAACAAACCUGACCUCAGGACGAACUCAACCAGUUAAUGAAUUGACUCAGUAUGAUUUGGAUGGGUAACAGAAAAUCAGAUCAUUGAUCCAAAUAGUAUUUUAUAAUCACUUUUUUUUUCUCUCAGAAACAGAAUGUCAGUGUUUUCUCUCUUCACAAUCUGAACCAUUAAAGUGCCAAAUCAGCGUCCAGACAGACAGUUGACCUGGACAUGAAAAGAUAUGUUUUAUAACUGUAUGAUCUGUUUUAAUGGUUAGACUCUAAGUGCUUUUAUUUCCAUGUGAUGUAUCCAGCCGGUCUGUCUGAGAUGGUUGUCCUCAGUUCACAUUAAAACGUCUUUGUUCACUUCCUU